AUGAGUGAAGAAAAAAUCGCAACAGCAAGCUCACGAACACGGCACACGAAUCGUCGAGCGCAGGAGUUCUUAUUGAUCUGGCUUGAUGCCACCAUUGACGAGGCGAAAGACAAGAACUCAAUCAAAGUGAUUUCAAAAUUGAAAGAAGUUAUUAAUACUCUGCAUACGUUCACUGAUGAAAAUAAAUGCAUUAAAUUUAUUGAUACGAUCGAUGAGGGAAAAACUUUUCUCAUUAUUUCUGGUGCAUUGGGACAAACAACAGUACCUCUUAUUCAUGAUAAACCGCAAAUUGUUGCUAUUUACAUAUAUUGCGGGAAUAAAUCUCGACACGAACAGUGGACGCAGAAAUGGUCGAAAAUUGGAGGAGUUUUCACGGAAAUCAAACCGAUUUGUGCAGCAAUGAAAAAUGAAAUUCAUGAACAAAGCUCUCGUACUUCNGUUUAUAUAUGGCAGUUGUUUUAA